AUGCAAAACCAAUUACGAAUACUGCUUCAUUUUGGAUAUGGUCAUAAGAAAGUAUUUAAAAGACAUCAGCUGAAUAAUAUUUUUAUUCGAUGGAAAACAAUUUGUCCAGAAAUAUUUCAUGAUAAUGAAAUUACUGUAUCAACAUAUAAUCCUCGGUGGGAUAUUUUACAUUCAGAAUCUGUGUAUAAUCCAACACUAGUGGAAAAUCCUAAUCUAUGUAAAUCUUUAUGGGAUCGUUUACAACUGUUUAAUCCAGACAAGACAUUGGCGUUAAAUCAUAACGAGUCUAUUGUUAGCAUGAUUUUACCACCUCCGAAUAUCACAGGUACACUUCAUGUUGGGCAUGCUCUUACAUGUACCAUUCAAGAUGCAAUCGCUCGUUGUUACAGAAUGCAUGGAAAAACAGUUCUAUGGGUUCCUGGUAUGGAUCAUGCUGGAAUCGCAACGCAGUCAGUAGUUGAAAGAGAUAUACUAAAACAAUAUUCAUUAAAUUCCAGUCAAUUUCCUAUUAAUCAAUCUAAGUCAUCAGUAUCGAGCUGUCAAUUUCCUUCAAAUCCAAGAUUAUUACUGGGACGGGAAAAUUUUAUUCAACGUAUUUGGGAUUGGAAGAAUCAACAUGCCGAUUUGAUCCGUGAACAAUUGAAUAGUCUUGGAUUAUGCUUGGAUUGGAGUAGAGAGUUUUUUACUUUAAGUCCUAGCCAUUCUGAAUGUGUCACUGAAGCAUUUUUAAGAUUGUACAAUGCAGGAUUGAUUUAUCAGUCUGAAAGUUUUAUAUCUUGGUGUUGUUAUCUCCAAACAGCCAUCUCCGAUAUUGAAAUCGAAUUCCGUGAUAUUUCAGAAUCGACAUUUCUCAAUGUACCAGGUUAUGAAAAGCCAGUUGAAUUCGGUAUAAUGGAUUAUUUUGCUUAUCGUGUGAUAGACCCACCAAAAUCAUCCUUAUUAGAAUGUAAUCAUUCUGGUUCAAGAUGGGACGAACUAGUUAUAGCGACUACCCGUUUAGAAACAAUGCUUGCUAGUGUAGCUCUAGUUGUCCAUCCAGAUGAUAAACGUUAUCAACAUUUAAUUGGGUGUUGCGUAGAACAUCCAUUCUACCCAAAUGAACGUCUUCCGAUAAUUGCCGAUGCACAAUUUGUUCAGCCUGAAAUAGGCACAGGUGUUGUAAAACUGAGCCCAGGUCAUAGUCAAGUUGAUUGGGAAGUAGCUAAACGACAUCAACUCCCUGUUAAACAUGUAUUUGAUAAUUCUGGUUGUAUAACAAAUACAGGAAGUGAAUUCGAUGGACUACCCAGAUUUAUAGCACGUCAGCGUUUAGUUGAACAACUCACUAAUCUCGGUCUAUAUAAACGUCGACAAAAUAUUGGAGCCACUGGAGGUCGAACUGCAUUAUUGCCAAUUUGUUCUCGUUCUGGUGAUAUCAUUGAACCGAUGAUUAAAAAACAAUGGUUUUUACGUACAAAAGAUUUAGCUGAGGCUGCAGUGAAAGCUGUCCAUUCUAAUGAGCUGGAAUUAUUUCCAGCAAAUCAAAAAUUAAUCUGGUCAGAAUGGUUAAAACCAACAAAUCAUAAAGAUUGGUGUAUAAGUCGUCAGCUUUAUUGGGGUCAUCCUAUUCCAGCUUAUAAAGUUAUCUCGUCCAACACAAAAUCAAAUGAUUGUGAUGGUACGGAUCGGUGGAUUGUAGCUCGUUCAAUUAACGAAGCUGUAAACAUUUUGACUGAUUCUGGACUUCAGUCAAAUGAUUAUCAGCUUAUACCAGAUCCAGAUGUUUUAGAUACUUGGUUUAGUUCUGCACUAUUACCAUUUUCAGUAUUUGGUUGGCCAAAUGAUACUAAAGAACUACGUUUCUAUCCUCUGCGUUUAAUGGAAAGUGGACAGGAUAUAUUAUUUUUUUGGAUUGCUCGUAUGGUUAUGCUUGGUGUAUUUCUAACAGGACAAGUCCCAUUUAAAACUGUGAUUUUACACGGUUUGGUGUGUGAUUCAACUGGUCAGAAAAUGUCUAAAAGUAAAAACAAUUCAGUGAAUCCAUUGAAAUUGAUUCAUGGGAUUGGAAACCUUACAAAGGAAACUGUUGGAUCAUCAAUUCAAGUAUUAGGUGCAGAUGCUUUAAGAGCUGCUUUAUUAACUCAUCAAUUAUCUCAGUCACAUAUUAAUUUUGAUGAGAAUGUUGUAUUGGAAAUGAGAAAAUUUUGUAAUAAGAUGUGGCAGACAGCUCGUUUUGUUUCCAUUCAACUUAAGAAGCAAGAUGUAUUUCAAUCAGUUUCAAACAUACAUCACAAAUCACUAGGUGCCCAGUGGAUAGAUUUUGUGGGAGGAUUAAGUAAAGAAAAACAAUUAAGGUUGUUUGAUAUAUGGAUUAUACAUAAAUUAUGUCGAUUAAUUCAUUUGAUCAACUUAUCAUGGACAGAUCCUAGAGACAUUGAUCAUGGUGAAAAUAUGAUUCAAACUGGUAAUCACAAGCUUAGAGACGAUUUUGAUCAUGAAAAUUUAAAAUGGUCAUUUCAUUAUGGUGUCAAAGGAAUGCAAAAUUGGUGGUUGAAUGAUCUAUGUUCCAUUUACCUAGAAGUAAUUAAAAAUGAAGUUUCUACACCAUACAACACCAAUUCUUUGCAUAUCUUAUAUCUUUGUCUAAUGACUGGCAUUCAUAUAUUUCAUCCAAUUAUGCCACAUUUAACUGAAGUUCUCUGGCAUGGUUUAAAUAUUAGUAUUGAACAGAAAGACGAGUUUCAUAAUCCAGAAAACAGUUUAUUGAUGCAACAAUUUCCUAAUUGUAAAUGGUUUGAAUUCUUGUAUCAGAAUAACUAUGAUAUUUCAUUGGAUCGUGUCCAAGAAAUCAUGUCUGAACUAACUACAGUAGCUUCAAAUGUCAAUUCUUGGCGUACUUUACUCCGAUCUAUUCAUCAUGAUAAAUCAGAAAAUCCCACAGAAUUAAAGAAAAUUGAAUCUGGUGGUAUUUAUUUGAUAAAAAACUCUAGUGAUUCAAAUAUUUCAGAAGAUGAAUCUGCUGUUUUGAAAGCGCUUACAUCUAUUAACUUGAAGUCAGAUAUGCUAAAAAGCAGUACUUAUGUUUAUAUACCUGUUCAUAAUGAUCAAGCUGAUUGGCAUUUAUGUAUAAAUAAGAAUGAAUAUGAUCUUAAUUGGGCUAGAAAUAAAUUACAACUUCGUAUUGAUAAAUUAUGUAAACGUAAAGAGGAGCUGAUAAAAAUAGGGAAAAUGAAAAAGAGCAAAGAGAAUGCACAUGAAACAAAUCAAUCUAAGAUUGAAGUAAUAGAAAGAAAAAUGGAAAAACUUGAAUAUCAACUUUCUUGUUUGAUGUAG